AUGUUGAUUGAAAAGAGAGACAGUGUUGCAAUAGUGAUGAGAGAGGUAGAGAAUGAACCAGACACAGACAAACCAGCCGGCAGAAGAGACAACACCUCACUGCAAGGCACAGCUACUACUGCUGUGACUGCAAGAGAGGCAGAAGAGAGAGAAGAUGUGAUAAUGAAAGUGAUGCUUCUGCAGCUCAUUGACACUGCUGUCUUCAUCUUCAACCUGGCUUUCUUGACAGUCACAGAGACUGCAGCUGCAUCAUAA